ACUUACUAAUGCAAAAUAACUUCACAGAUAGACCAUGUAUUGUUAUACCUAUUAAUGACUGACUUGCAAGUCAAAAUCUACAUGCUUAAAAUAUGCCCAACUUUCAACACCAUAAAUAGGAACCUCAAUGAAAAAAUGUAUAUUGACAAUGGCACCAACUCUUUUCUUCAUCCUCCUAAUGCAACUCAUUGCCACCACAUGCAAUGGCGUGUCCCCACCAAAAUUCUCUGCUGUUCUCAUCUUUGGUGACUCCACUGUUGAUACAGGCAAUAACAACUAUAUCGAUACUGCAUUCAGAGCCAACCAUACACCAUAUGGCCAAGACUUUCCUGACCACAUUGCUACAGGGAGGUUUUCUAAUGGAAAACUAGUCCCGGACUUCCUGGCCACAAAACUAGGAAUCAAAGAGACUGCUCCUCCUUUCCUUGAUCCAAAUUUACCGGACUAUGAAUUACUUACAGGUGUGAACUUUGCAUCUGCUGGAUCAGGAUAUGAUGAACUGACCACUGCUGCAACUGGUGCAAUCCCAUUGUCGAAGCAGCCUCAGUAUCUAAAGAGCUACAUUGAGAGACUUAAUAUUAUUGUGGGGGAAGACAAGGCUCGAAGUAUAAUCAAUGAUUCUUUGGUCGUCAUUAGUGCAGGACCAAAUGAUUUUAUUUUCAAUUUCUAUGACAUACCCACAAGGAGGCUUCACUUUGACACUGAUGCAUACCAAGAUUUUGUGCAAUAUAGGCUACAGAUUUUUGUCCAGGAACUCUACAAUCUCGGAUGCCGAACAAUGAUCAUAUCUGGGCUUCCUCCAAUCGGUUGUCUGCCAAUCCAAAUGUCUGCAAAAUUAAAGCCUCCCUAUUUAAGAACUUGUUUACAUCACCAGAACAGAGAUGCUCAAUCAUAUAAUCAGAAGCUUGUAAAUCUUUUACCUCAACUUCAGGUGUCACUUCCAGGAACCAGAUUGAUCUAUUCAGACGUAUAUGAGCCACUGAACAACCUGAUUACCAAUCCACAAAAAUAUGGAUUUGUGGAAACUAGUAUAGGUUGCUGUGGGACUGGAACAGUGGAAGCAGGGGGUUUUUGUUCACCAAACACUCCAGUAUGUGCAAACCAUUCCCAGUAUGUGUUCUGGGAUACCAUUCAUCCCAGUGAAACGACAUAUCGAUAUGUUGCCGAAUAUCUAGAGAAUGAAAUCUUAGCCCAGUUAUCAGACAUUGGCAGUCAUUGA